AUGGCACUGAACACGGACACCGCGUUUGAGAAGAGUUCGGACGGGCCUGGGGAAGCGGCGUCGGCCAAGGGGCACCACCAGGAGACCGAGAAGCUCCUCCACGCCUCUGAGGGGAACCUGGAGAAUGGGAUCAAAAAUUCCAAGUCGUUCUCCGCCAGCCUGCCGGGCGGGAAGGAAGGGGACGGGGACGGGGACGGGGAGGUCAACGGCCCCAACCUGCGGAGUUUCUCCUCGGAGUCCAUGUCCAAAAUCGGCGUCGCCCCCACGUCCCCGUCCCGCCUCAGCGUGGGGAGAGCAUCGUCCACGGUGACAACCAGCGCCCAGGACCAGCCCCCGCCCAGAGAUUACCUGGUUCUGGCCAUCGUCUCCUGCUUCUGCCCGAUAUGGCCCAUCAAUAUCGUGGCCCUCGUCUAUUCUAUCAUGUCCAGAAACAGUUUACAACAAGGUGACACGGAUGGAGCCAGGAGACUGGGACGGCUCGCCAGAUUACUGAGUAUUGUAGCAAUAGUCCUGGGGGCACUCAUCAUAAUCACCUCCUGUGUUGUCAACUUUGCAGUUUCUGCGUAGAAAACAUGCCACACAAUAAGAGGGUUUUGGAUUAGAUCUUCCGUGGGACAUAACUAGAUGAAGUCUGUCUCUUUAUGGAAAAUGCAGUUUAUCUACACCAGAUCAAGAGGGU